AUGUCCAAAUUACGAUUCGCUUAUAAUAUAGGGAGGGUUUUGGGAAAUAAUUUAAAGAGUCAAUGCUCACGGAUAACAACUUUCAAGUCAUAUAGCAGUAACCCCAAUCUCAUAUUUUCUUUCGUAAUUCUCCGAAGUUUCUCUACUGGCAAAACGCAACAAAACAUUCGCUUGAGCAAACAUGAAUCAAUUGAUAAUUUUUCAAAAGUUGAACGACCAGCAUCAAUUUCAUACUUUACAGCCAAACCAACUUAUAAUGACUUUAUUAUACAACUUGAUGACCUUUUACAUAAACAUAGAACGACGCCCACUAAAUUAAUUGACAAAAAUGCACCACCGACUUUGUGGAUUUUGAAACAACAUUUGGAUGAAAAAUUAGGUUUACGUUUAAAAACAAAUCAAUAUCGACUCAUCACACGAAAGUUACAUCGGUUAGACAAAAUCAUGUUCGAAUUUGCCCCCGAAUUACAUAACUUUUUAGAUUUAUUUAGACGUUAUGAUCCAGAAAAAGAGAAAAAGGAUAUAGAGGCGAUGAAAACUGUUGAUCCUUAUGGAAGAGCUUUGGCGAUAGGCAGGAGAAAGGAGGCAACCGCUCAAGUUUGGGUGGUAGAAGGGGAUGGACAUGUACUUGUUAAUGGCAUCUCAGUAGCAGAUUAUUUUCCUCUCUUAAAAGAUCGUGAAUCGAUAUUAUAUCCGUUCCAAGUGACUGGCUUGCUUGGAAAAUAUAAUGUUUGGACAAAAGUCAAAGGAGGUGGCCCAACGGGUCAAGCAGGUGCAAUUGCUCAUGGAAUCACUAAGGCGUUGAUCAUACACAAUUCUGAUCUCAAACCAAUCCUAAGAGAAGCUAAACUUGUUACGCGUGAUACUCGCGUGGUCGAGCGUAAGAAACCCGGUCUUGCGAAGGCAAGAAAGAGAUACACAUGGGUCAAGCGUUAA